AUGUUCUCUAUUAGAUCCUUUGCCCGUGCGGCACCUCGAACAGUUUCUCGAUUAAGUACUUCAGCACUCCGAACACAAUCUGCACGACCUGCCUCCUUAUUGCAAUCAGCAUGGAGACCAGCACGAACACAGUACGCCGCAGCUUUCUCGACAUCAUCAAUUAGACGGUCAGAAGGCGAGGGUGAUUCUGAGUUGGUUGCAAAGCUCGAGUCAGAAAUUGCGAUGGAGAAUGAGAUGAAGGAAGAUGGAGGUAUCCCAACCAGCGUCAAGGACUACCUCGAGAACGGCCCAUUCGAGAUUAUUGAUACUCCUGGACAAGAGGACGUUGUCCUGACAAGACAGUUCGGCGAUGAGAAAAUCAAGAUUACUUUCUCCAUCGCAGACCUGAAUUCGCCCGACCCAGAGGCCGAUUACCAAGACCGUGCUCUUGCCGAUGAGCAAGACGACAAUAUCAACCAAGGCGAUAACAAGAACUUCAAGGUCGCCCCUGAGGAUCAACUUGAGGGAGAGGAGGGUGCUGAGGGCGAGGAAGAAGCAACAUCCUUCCCAGCCAGACUCAACAUCGUUGUCGAGAAGUCAGGGAAGGGUGCGCUCGCUGUUGAGGCCGUUGUUCAAGACGGGAUGGUAGUCGUCGACAAUGUCUACUAUUAUGCCAAUGCCGCACACGCUUAUGCAGCCACCCCAGAGACGGCUCACGAGAGACAAGACUUGUAUGUUGGCCCACCAUUCGGCAACCUUGAUGAGGAUCUUCAGGUUCUGUUGGAGAGAUAUUUGGAUGAGAGAGGGAUCAACACUGCUUUGGCUAUAUUUGUCCCAGACUACAUCGACAUGAAGGAACAGAAGGAGUAUGUGAGAUGGUUGGAAAAUGUCAAGGGUUUCGUCGAGGCAUGA